AUGGAGAGCCCACCGGCUUCACUUAUCCAGGCACGAUAUUCGCCGCAGAGAGACUUCGCUCGAGAAGAUAUGAAGCCUGCACCUCUUCGAUUCUCUCCGAAGAGCAAAGAGUUGAGUGAAAAGCCAGGUAUCGCACAACAGGAACUGGGUGCAAGCACCGUCGAGAAUGCAACACUUGUCGAUGGCUCCUCCACAAUUGAGAGAGCCACCAGCCAACCGCCUACUCACUCGAUACAGCUGAAGGACCCGCACUUGGCUGCCAUCGUAUCAAAGUUCGAGAUACUUGAUAUCAUGACCGAUCUCGAGAGACAAGCUACUGGUAGCCAUGGGAGACCGGCCAUAGAAGCGACUUGUUCGCCAGCUAGGAACAGCAUUAUCCGGAACGAACUUGGUGUCUGCGUCCACAUUGACCAUGCAAAAGAAUGUACUUUUGGACUGGUUCACGACGAAGGUGAUGGCGUUGGUAUCCUGCCUGGAAAAUCGGUGCUGCCGCUGCCAACUUGUGGCAACAACGGUAUCCGGCCACAAACACCGUCGCCAUACUAUACACUUCCCCGGGUCAAGACCUGGAAGACGAGGCCAAACGAGAGCGAAGCUCUUGGAGAUAGCUUUCAAGCUCAAGCAGAGCCAUCUUUGAGCCCAAGGCCUGUCAACGAUCGGAACGAAACGAAGGCAUUAGUGGAAGGAACUUGGACUCGGAGCAUUUCAAAGAGCCUUGGAUACAACCUUGGCCGCAGAACCCGUCCGACUCGCGAGGAAACACAAAGGGAGUAUGCCGCCGUCUCCAGAGGACAGAGGGGUAGAGAGAAACUCUUCGGGUUAUGGGCCCGAGCUAUGGAUGUCCUCCAUUCACGAGACUCUUUGAACUCGGCGCCGGAAGGUGUAAUGCCGGAGUCACAGGGUCGGCCUAUGAUGCAUGUAGCGCCUGAGAUCGUCAUUCCUGUAAGCAGGAAGAGGAUAAAUUUGCUGGAUCCAGAAACAGAGUCUUCCAUAUCUCCGGACAAGCCGCAUUUAAGACACACAGCCUCCAUCACAGUGCUGCCGGAAUCAUCCAGCAAUAUUGCUGGCAUGACAGGGCAAAGCAAAGUCGCAAGUCUGCGAAGGUUGUUCGACAAGGGCGCCAACGAUGCGGGGCUGAAAAGCGGUUCGCGACUGAGGCGUAGUCAUACUGGGCCUCCAAAGAAAUUGUCAGCUAGUGAUAGAAGGAUCCAGACAUCGCCAUCGAAGAAGCCCGAAACAGACUGCGAGGCAAAUGGUUCAAAGGGCCAUGCUGAAAAUCGAUUUGAAAGCCUGGGUUUCAAGCGGGGUCGCGAAGUGUGGCGGAAGAUAUCGGCAUCCUGGGACAAAGACAGGUCAGAAGAGGGCAACAGAAACGAGAGAGACCACUCGAAAGAGACACUGGACAAGUCACGAGAGCAGCCUACCUGGCAAGGAUCCUGCCCGAGUACUGCCCGGACUGAUGACAUACGGCUGGCCAACAGCUCGCCGGAUAAGGGUGAUCCUUGA